GCAAAGGUUCGUUCGAGACGACAGAGCUUGGACCGCAAAGAAGUUUUUAUAUCCCAUUUAUAAUUAGUUUUUUUGCAAAAUGAAUACUCCAGAUACUUCAAACAACUCAUUUUUAUUCACGUCGGAGUCUGUAGGCGAAGGGCAUCCAGAUAAAAUGUGUGACCAGAUAUCCGAUGCUAUUUUGGACGCUCAUCUGAAGCAAGAUCCAAAUGCAAAAGUUGCUUGUGAGAGCGUUGCUAAAACUGGAAUGAUCUGUGUCUGCGGUGAAAUCACAUCAAAAGCAUAUGUAGACUAUCAGAGGAUAGUACGAGACACUAUCAAACAGAUAGGCUAUGAUGACUCCAGUAAAGGUUUUGAUUACAAAACAUGCACCGUCCUACAAGCAAUUGAACAACAGAGUCCAGACAUUGCCCAAGGUGUCCACAUAGGAAGAGAUGAUGAAAAUGUUGGCGCCGGCGACCAGGGAUUAAUGUUUGGAUAUGCUACAGAUG